AUGUUCACCUCACGAACAGCAGCCCGCUCAGCGCAGGCGCUCCGCGUAAGAGGAGCUUCUCGCACCAUCCGCAACACCCGCUUCCAAUCUACCAAUCCUCCACGCGACGCAGACCGUGCAGGUGGCCUUGGUCCGGCCGCGGUUGGCGGCAUCGCAGGAGCCGCCGUCUCCCUUGCCGGUUUCUACGCGUGGUAUCACUUCUCUGGCGCCAAGACUAUCGUUCAGAAGACCAGUCAAAUUAAGUUCUACUUCGACGACGCGCAGAAGAAGCUCAAGGAGAACAUCGCAGAGAAGGCGCCCGAGCCGAACGAGGCGCUCAAUUGGCUGCGGCAAAGCGCGUCCUUCUAUGGCGCGUUCAUCCCCGGCGCCAAGCAGUACAUUGACUCCGCCUUCGAUGACCUAGACACGAUCCGCGAGAAGCACGGAGACGAGGUCGACAAUAUCGUGAAGGAGGCGUUCAACGAGCUCAAGGAUGUCUCGCAGCAGGGCUUGUCGGCCAAGACGGCACAGCAAGCUUGGGACAUACUCCAAAAGCACAUGACACGCAUUGGGGAGCUGGCCGGCGAUGCGGCGUCUGAAAUCCUGAACAACCAUCCGCAGCUCAAGGACAAGGUUGGGGGCAACCUCGAUCAGCUGAAGAAGUUGGGCGAUCAGUACGGACCGGAGGCGAAGAAGCAGGUUGAGGAGACAUGGGACCAGAUACGCGACAUCAUGAAGAGCGGCGUCAGCGCGGAAACGGCGACCAAGAUCAAGAAUCUGGUCCAGGAGAAGUCUGAGAUGAUUAAGAGGAUGGGCGACGAGGCGUGGAAGAAGGGCAUGGAGCAGGCCAAGCCGUACCUCGACAAGAACCCCAAGGUGAAGGAGCUCGUGGAGAAGAACGCAGAUGCGCUCAAGCGGGGCAACGUGCAGGAGCUGUGGCAGACGGUCAAGCAGAGCGUCGAGACGGGUGAUACGUCAAAGAUCGAGCAGUACGUCAAGCAGGCCACCGACAAGGCGAAGCAGAGCGGGUUCGGCGGCUUGGAUCAGAUUAUGGGCAGGUUUGGAGGCGGCGAGAUCAUCCCGAAGCUGCAGCAGCUGCAGCAGGUCGCACAAAAGCAUGGUCAAGAAGCGGAGAAGCUCUUCAAGGAGGCCAUGGAUGAGAUCCAGCAGGUGUUGUCGAAGAAGUCGGAGCAGGCGAAGGCGCUGGCUGACAAGGCGAAGAAGGACUCCAAAUGA